AUCAAUAAUAGGGACGUGCCUUUCGAAUUUACCCCGGAAAAUCUGAAGCGCUUGGAUGAGUUAAAAACGCACUAUCCUGUUGGCUUUCAUGCUUCACUUAUAAUGCCUGCUUUGGACAUUGCACAACGGCAGAAUGGCUGGCUCCCCAUUUCGGCAAUGUCUAAGGUUGCGGAGUACUUGGAUGUACCGGAAAUGCGCGUUUUUGAAGUGGCUACCUUCUAUACUAUGUUUAAUAGGGACCCUGUCGGUAAAUACCACAUUCAGCUCUGUACUACUACUCCGUGUAUGCUGGGUGGUGUCGGAUCUGAUGUGAUUUUGGAAACAAUCGAGAAAACCUUAAACAUUAAAACUGGGGAAACCACUCCUGAUAAACUGUUUACACUGAGUCAAGUUGAAUGCCUUGGAGCCUGUGUUAAUGCACCAAUGAUGCAAAUCAAUGAUGAUUACUAUGAGGACUUGACUCCCGACGAUGUUGUUAGAAUCUUAAGCGAUCUUAAAGUGGGCAAGAAACCAAAACACGGUCCUCAAUCUGGCCAAGGUCAACGCUGUGCUUGCGAGCCAAAGGGUGGUUUCACCUCUCUUAGGGCGCCUCCUGUUCCUCCAGAUUUCAAAUUACAAGCCGCACUGAAGUAG